AUGUUUAUUAUUUGCGGCUACCUAGUUGACCAAAGCAGAAGCAGUGGCAGACUCGUAUUUCCAGGUUGGAGGCAAGACAGCAACAGUUCUGUAGUAUCUGGCCAAUCUGUGGAUUCUAGACUCGAUCAAAAUAAGUCUGAACUUGGAGUCCUUGUCCUUUCUGUUUCUCUCAAGGUGCUUUCUAACGGAAACAGCCUUCUUGAUCAAGAAGUACAAGUCCUCUGGGAUCUCUGGAGCAAGACCGUUGGACUUGAGAAUUCUCAUAAUCUUGUUACCGGUGAUCACCUUGGCUUGGUUAACACCGUGAGCGUCUCUCAAAAUAACACCAAUCUGAGAAGGGGUAAGACCCUUUCUGGCGUACUUCACGAUCUGCUCAACAACAUCGUCAGAAGACAAUUUGAACCAAGAUGGAACGUUUCUCGAAUAAUAAAAAAUAAAUUAAUUAUUUAUGAUUUAGCUCAAUCCGGCCAGGUCUGCUUCCUCCUCUGCGGUGGCGCGCUUCUUCAGCACCAAGUCGUGGCCAGUGACACGCUUGUAGAUGUCUUUGACGUCGUCGGUGGUGGACUCGAAAUGGGACGAAGGGUCGUACGACUUGGAGAUAUAGAUAUGGUCCUUGGACCCGUCCUCCAAUGGCUCGUACAACUCGGCAAUGCCCAUCAGAACGUCCUUGGUUGCGCCGAUGAUCUUGAAUGCGGGCUCCAGCUCCAGGUGAGGCUUGUCUGUCUCGAUGAUGGUGGAGAUGAUGGCCAGGUAGUAGCCCUUGGCACUAAUGUUGUGGGCCGAGGAAAUGGUGGCAAUGUAGAUGUCGUUUUUCCGGCCCACCUGGUUCUGCGGGAUGAUGAUCUGCGCAGAGUCCGCGUCGGACGUGUUUGGGAUCGGGUGGUCCAAAAUGCACAUGGCUCUGAUCACCUUCUGGCCCGUGGCCUUGACCUUCUCUGGGAAAUAGGUUGGGUCUGCAAUCACAACCGGUGCUCUGGCAGUUCCUUCUUUGGUCUUGACACCAACAAACUUGCCAUCUUCGUACAACACCUCGUCAAUUGGCGUGUCCAGCAUGAAAGUUCCGCCGUAGAUCGCAGACAGUCUGGCAAAUCCUUGUGGAAGCUCGCCCAGUCCGUACAAUGGGUAAAUGUAUGGCGAUUUGCCGUAUCUGGCAACAGAACCAAGAUACAGCACAAUUCUGUCGUACGUUUCUCUGGCCGGCUCGUUCAAGUACUCAUCGUUGGGCCAAAGAGCCAUGGCGUGGCCAAUGAAGUCCUUGGUUCCCCGCUCGAGUCCGUACUUGUUGUACACCUCGUCCAUGGUGGUCUUGUCGAGAUCCACUCCACCAUGGGUAGAUUGCUCGUCCUCGUUGUACUUGAUGAUAAACUCCAGGAAAUUCUUCAUUCUUCUCUUCUCAAAGAAUCCCAUCAACGGAGACGAGAUCGCCUCUGUCUGGUUGGAAGGAACUUUCGCAAUACGACCCCCGCGGUACACAUAAGAGCCAUGAAUCUGCUUAAACUCCAUGUAACGGGUGACAUCGGUGUGAACAAGAAUGUUAGUAAGCUCACCGUUCGACAUCAAAAACUUGGGAAUCAAAUCAACACACCAGUCUCUGUCUUUGCCGAACUGGUCUGCAUACGGCUUGCUUGGCUUGAACUUGGAGUACAACUGGGUAAGGUUCAAAGAAGCGCUUUCUCCUCCAUAAUCCCAACCUCGGUACCAAAACCGUAUCUGAAACCAUCGGCGAACCUGGUGGAGCAGUUCCAGUACACGCCGGCCGAGUCGAUUCCCGCCAGGAACUUGUCAGCAACGGUUUUGUUCUCGGUGACAAUACAGUCGGUGUGUUUGGACGAGUGCGAGUUGAUGUGCGAAAUGGCCUCUUCCACCGACUGGACCGUCUUGACGGCCACGUCCAGCGACAAGAACUCCUUGGAGAAGUCUGUUUCGGUCGCCAGAACAGUGUCCUUAUCCUCCUUCUGGAUGGCGUUUUUAGGGACUUUUGUCUCGGUAUCAAGAGUACUGUUAAUCACGUUGGCCAUUGCUUGGAACGUGUUCAACGACUCCUUGCCUCCUUUUAAGAUUGCAGCGUUUCCAGACUUGAUGGCCAAAGCGGUGAUGUUGGCGAUCACCUCGGGCCGACUCUCGAAAAUGAUCAGCAACACUCCAACCGGACAGGUGAGCCUGGUCAAGGUUAAGCCGUCGUCGAGCUCGGUUUGCAACGUGAUCUUGUUCAAUGGGUCUUCCAGAUUCGACACGUCAAGAACUCCCUCGCACAUGGAGUCGUACUUGCCGUUUUUCGAGAGAUCGAGUCGCUUGAUCAACGAGGAGGAGAGAUGGUUUGCCUCUGCGAGCUCCAUGUCCUUUCUGUUGGCAGCGAGGAUCUCGUCCUUGGCAGCCUCGAGCCCCUCUUUGAUCUUGUACAACGCGAGCGACCGCUCCUUGUCGGAGAGCGUUUUCAGGGUGGUUGACGCCAGAUGCGCCUGUUUGGCAAUGGCUUCAGACAUGAACAAGAGUCACUGGAGAAAAUAUUUUUUUUCCAUCGGGCGGCGGGGUAAGCGAUUACAUAAGCGGGCUUCAAACUCGGUUGGGCUUGCAAAGAAACGAGGAAAAUGGGCUUGCGGGGCCCUGAGCACGGCCUUGGGCUCUUGGCGAUGGGAGCUGCCGUGGUUUUGGACCUGGUGGAAAACUGGAGGGCCUGCUGAAGCGGUGAAGAGCUAG